GGGAAAUUACGGUGUAUAGGUCGAUACGAGGUUUAGGAGUGAGGCAAUGCGGGUCUCCGACAAAGCGGAAUCCUUGUAUGAAACGUGGAGAAUACACACGAUCAUCCGCCCGGGUCUCAGCACUUCAUAAUCUAUUUACAGAAGUUAGCAUUCCACAGAAAUGCUGUGGAAUGCCUCUAACUGCAUCUUUCAAUGAGAACAUACCAGGUUUGGCUGUAAGUAUGCGGUUGCUUCUAUUUGCGAACCCCCCUGUUAUUUAAGUCUGGCUCUAAUUAGAUUAACUGAUUGCAAGUGGUAAAGAUUAAUUACGGCUCAUGAGAGGUGGACACUUU